AUGCGCGCAGCAGAAUCACAACCCAUGACGGCAUCUAAUUCUACCUCUUCGAAUCUAUCCGACAAAGAAACCGCCCCUAGCGGCACAGGUGCUGUGGUUCCUUACGGUACCCGGUCGCGCAAUAGGACGGGCACAUCUCGACCAAACUACGCUGAGGAUAAGGAAAUCGAUGCAGAAUUUGAGGCUCCAUAUUCCAAAGAUGCAAACAUGCGGAAAGCCGCACGGGUAGGCGACGCUGGCCAUGCUGUUGACACUGCGAGACCGACAAACCUGGUUCGAAAAAAUCCAGUGCCGGAGACAGAGCAUACUCCCACGAUACAAAGUCAUUAUAAGGAGCCAAUUCCAGGGACUUCUACCUUCUCUGCCAAUCCCGCUGCGACCGGCUCUUCCCAUUAUUCCAAAAAGCGGAAGGCAACAAGUCAACCAACCACGUUUCAACCACAGCCGCAAGCUCCAGCACAAAACCUUGCCACGCCUCAAGCCGUGACUCGCAGGGCCAGUAUGGCUGCUCAAGUUGUUGCUGGCUUCCGAGACUCGAAUAUGCUGAGCUUUGAAGGUUGUGCUGGACGCCUGAGCGGGAAGAGACUUGUAGCCGACGAUGGCACCGUUCUAGAGGUCAACGAUCACGUAUAUCUUGUCUGCGAGCCUCCUGGUGAGCCAUACUAUCUUGGACGAAUUAUGGAAUUUCUCCACGUUUCCAAUGAUAGCAGCCAGCCUAUUGAUGCCCUACGACUCAACUGGUACUAUCGCCCUAAAGACAUUGGCCGCAAAGUCAAUGAUACACGCCAAGUAUUUGCUUCCAUGCACUCUGAUAUUAGUCCACUUACAGCCCUUCGUGGAAAGUGUCAGAUCAAGCACAAGAGUGAAGUAGACAAAUUGGACGAAUUGAGAAAAACGAAAGACUGCUUUUGGUACGAGAAGCUGUAUGAUCGUUACAUCCAUCGAUUCUACGAUGUUAUUCCAACCAGUCAGGUUAUCAAUGUCCCCGUUGAAGUUAAAAAGGUCCUUGAUGAGAGAUGGAAGUACAUCGUCGUCGAGCCAGGACGAGGGAAGGAGUUGACAAGUGCUGUCAAGUCCUGCAAGAGGUGUAAUAAAUAUUGUGCGAGCAAUGACUCUGUAGACUGCGCUGUAUGCCAGAGCACGUACCACAUGAGCUGUGUUAAUCCACCACUGUUGAAGAAGCCAUCCCGUGGUUUUGCUUGGGCAUGUGGGCCUUGUAGCAAAGCUCAGGAGAAAAAGCUCGAGGCCCGAAACACCCCAAAUGUCACGGAUCCGACCAUGUAUGCGGAAGAGGAAGAGUAUGUUGAUGAAGAGGGAAACUCUCCUGAAAAUGUUGGUGAUGCUUUCGACACUGGCCGAACCAGUCCUACGAUCUCGAGCGAAACAGAUAUGUCUUUUCAUCCAGGCACAGCUGAACAAAUUCAUCAAGCAAGCUUGUGGCUGUUUCGAUACCUCGGCAUCCACUGCAAAGUUGAAGAUGCCUUAGACUAUGAUGAUAGAAUAUACCCCAGGGCAAGUUCUCGGUUGGGCCCACGGCAUCAAGCCAACGUCCCCCUUUGGCCCGGGAGGCCAGUUGAGUAUAUCAAGCCCGCGGAAAUCAAAAGAAAGUACAUGAAAGGCGGUGGUCACAAAAAGGUAGCACAACUGUCGAAGGAUACAAUUGCUGCUUUGGAAGCGGAGAAGAUUGCGCGAGAGAAGCGUCCGAAGUGGGUGAUGGAUGAACCCCUCGGCUACGUCCAUAGAGGGGAAGACUACGAUAACGACGACCCAAACAACACCGCGAGGCUGCUGUACAACCUUCCGGAAGCGGACCAAAUUCCGAUGAAGAAUGGCGAUACUGAUUCGUCCGAAUUCGUUGAGGAAGCUGCCCGGGAGCAACUGGUUUAUGAUUACAUUGGUCGAGCCGCGAAACUGGCGAGGCCGCUAGGUUUGCCCGAUUUGUCUACCAAUCUCUUAGAUGUUGCCCUUCAAGUUCUGCUCUCGAAUGGUUAUGAUGCGGAAAAAUCACUAGAUGAAUUGUCUAAAGCAGACAAAAGGAUCUUCAAGGAACCCGAUCUAAGUGGCCCGGAGGUCAAGAAAUUCGAGGACGGCGUUGCAAAAUACGGAUCUGAAUGGCACAGCAUCAAAAAGCACGUCAAAACCGUCAGCCCUGCAAACAUUGUUCGCUUUUACUAUACCUGGAAAAAGACCGAACGUGGGAAGCAGGUGUGGGGUAAUUAUUCUGGGCGAAAGGGUAAGAAAGAAGCGAAGAGAGCAGAAGCAUCUGCAGGCAAACUGCAAGACGACGUCGCUGACGAGUAUGAUGACUCGGCCUUUGAUAACGAUAAAGCAUUUGAGAAGAAGAGAGGCUUUCAGUGCAAAUUCUGCAGCACGAGAAACUCAAGGCAGUGGCGACGAGCGCCAAAUACCCCCGCUGGAACCAUGAUACCAGAAAACCCGGCUGCCAAAACAACGGGCAAAGAUAAAGGUCCUCAGUUGAUGGUAGCGCUGUGCCGAAGAUGCGCAGAACUUUGGCGCCGUUACGCAAUCCAAUGGGAAGAUAUCGAUGAAGUUGCCAAGAAAGUUGCGCAAGCCGGAGGCCGAGCAUGGAAGAGAAAGAUUGACGAGGAACUUCUCAAAGAGCUUGUCGCUGCCAAUGACAUUGUGGACAUCACAGCAAAUCUUGCACCGACUGCACUUGUAUCUGCAGAUGGAAGCCCCGCGCCGCUCCCUAAUCUAGCUACAGGAGCCGAACCGCCCAAAAAGAAGAUCAAGAGCUCAUUCGACAGAGAUUCCGCGGAUCCCGCAGUGGACUCAGGGGGUGUUACCACUUCUGGACAGAAAAAGAAGGCGGUGUCCGAAAAACCUGCCGGGCCGCCACCUGCACCAGAACUACCUAAACCAAAGAUGCUGCCAUGUGCGAUAUGUGGAGAAAUGGAUCCUAUGGGCGAUCAACACUUGUCAUGCAAAGAGUGUCGGAUGACUGUACAUCGAAAUUGCUACGGAGUCGUAGGUGAAAGCCGAAGUCCUAGCAAGUGGGUGUGCGACAUGUGCUUCAACGAUAAGAAUCCGCAGGUUUCAAUACAAUACAAAUGCAUCCUCUGCCCUGUUGAACACACGGAACAUGAUUUUGUCGAGCCGCCAAAAGUCUCCCAUAAAAAGAAGACAGAGAAGGAGCGCGAGCGUGAUCGAAUUGACCGCGAAGCUGCUCAAAAAGUGGCAGACUUCUACCGUAAGAAGCAAGAAGAGAUGAACAAACCCGUCAAUCCUCGAGAGCCGUUGAAACGGACAGCUAAUAAUAAUUGGGUCCAUGUCACUUGCGCGGUUUUUACGCCGGAGGUUAAAUUUGGCAACGCGAAAGCCCUGGAGCCGUCAGAAGGCAUCCCUUCGAUUGCCUCUGCUAGGUACGACGAGGUCUGCAAAGUAUGCAAACAGAAAAACGGAGCCUGCGUCGGUUGUCAUUCGUGUAAAGCUCCAGUUCACGUUGCGUGUGCACACCAAGCCGGGUAUAUCCUCGGCUUCGACAUUGCGCCUGUGAAAGGAUCUCGCCGAGACCAAUUUAGUAUUGUCAAUAUUGAUGGGGAGGUUGGCACCAUGACCGCCGCGAUUUGGUGCAAGGAACAUGUGCCAACGAAAACAAUUGUGCAUCGGAUGCAUGACAUUGUUGAUGCUUCUUCGGGGCUCAAUGCAUUGCAGCUCUAUGUCCAGAACUUCAAGCAGGCCGACCUCACCUUGACUGGGACCGUUCGAAAAGCAACCCUGGUCAAUCAAUCUACCAAGGUUAACCCUGUGGUAGUUCCCACUCCAGCGAAUCGCCGGACUUCAACGACAUCAGGCGUUAACGGAAACGUCACUGGGCGAGGUUCAAUCUCUCACAUCAAAGUCGAGGAAGGGGGCGGCGAAUCAUCAUCAGUAACAAAAGCUGAUCGCGAGAAGAUUUGCGUCACAUGUCAAGUUGGGGUCAGCCCAAAGUGGUGGCCAUUCCCUCAAGAUAUCCCGGAUCAACCCACGACCAGUUCAUCUAACGAUAUUACGAUCACCAAUGGUGACCAUCAUACAAAUGAGCUGCCACUAACGAAUGGCCAUGAUAAUCAACAUUCCACCGAUGAGGUUGGUGGGGGCCAUGCGGCACUUGCAGCUGCUGCGUUGACCCAAAAUGGCAAUGCCCUCGAACCUGUUACGGGACCAACCGAGUUGCAGUGUCAUAAAUGUCACUGGAAGAAGAUUCGAAAGGAGCCAACACCGCCUCCGCCAGCACCUCCUCGGGAGUCCCCUCCGCUAGCCGUCAGAGUACCUCCUGCGCCAAUCAACAUCCCCGCCCCGGAUCCGGAAAUGGUUCAACAACUCCCGAGCCCUUUCGCCUGGCCACCUCCCCAGGCAUACCCGACGAACGGAUACAAUUGGUCCAGGCGAUCGCCCGCACCUCAAGGUGGAAUGGUUCACCAACUCAAUGGUGCCCACUCUCCACGUAUCAGUGGUGGUGUUUCUCAGCAGAUGAACGGACAGUCUCAAAUGCGGCAGCCCGUCCAGGGUUUGCCACAUUCCCCGCACCAGAAUAGCCACUUCGCUCAAGUCCCAAACGGCUAUCCACCUUCGCCUCAUCGAGGUAUUGGUUCCUCAGCCAUCCAUCUUCAAAAUGGAACCUCUGGGUCGUAUGUAUCUACUCGGCCGCCACCUCAGAACUUGGCCAAUGGAGGUCCGCCGCCGCGGGCCCCCGAGCAUCCCCUUUCUCAUUCAAAUACACCUAUGCAUCCUCGCACAUCAUUUGGGCCAUCCCAGGGGAGUCCUCCGGUGCUACGUGAUUCUCGCCCGCCCAGCCGUGACGUUGGGAACUCUCAUGGUACAGGACCUCGACCACCUGACGGUCGAGUCAAUGGAGGAGCUAGUGCAAGCCCAUCCUUACGCAAUCUGCUAUCCUAG